CGACUGCUCCAGCGUCCCUCUCCGCCCGCCCUGCAGCUUGCAGCCCCCAAACCCCGCCGUGGGGGCGCGGCGAAGGGGCCGAGUGGCGCUGGGUGGCGGCUCGCAGCCUCGAUGUGCGCCCGCGCGGGUGGGCGAGUCCGGAGAUUAUAAACGAGACUCUUCUGGAGAAGAGAAGAAUGACUGACUUUGCAGGGUCAAGAUCCUAGGGGAUCGCUGCAAAAAUGACCCUGGCAAAACUCUGGCUUGCGCCCCCUGCUCUGACUCCCUGGUCACUUAUAGUUAUUCUCUUCUCUAUACAACAUGUAUGUGGGAGUGGAAAGGAGUUUAUUGGUCCCUGUGGAGGAAGAGAUUGCUCUGUUUGCCACUGCUUUCCUGAAAAAGGGUCUCUGGGUCUCCCAGGACCUCCUGGGCCACAAGGUCCAAUCGGACUCCUGGGAGGUCCAGGACCCAUCGGGAUCCCAGGAAAGAAAGGACUGAUAGGUGACAGCGGCCCUCCAGGAGCAGCGGGGGACAAAGGAGACCAGGGUCCAACAGGUGUUCCUGGAUUUCCAGGUUUGGAUGGCAUGCCUGGGCACCCUGGGCCCCCAGGAUCCAGAGGGAAACCUGGACGGGACGGCUACAAUGGCUCAAGAGGGGACCCCGGCUUUCCCGGAAGAGGAGGAACUCCCGGCCCAGAAGGCCCCCCAGGCCUUCCAGGGGAAAAUGGAGAAAAAGGAAAUUCGGUGUUCAUUGCGGGUGCUGUUAAAGGCAUUCAGGGGGACACAGGCGACCCCGGACCUCCGGGCUUUGCGGGUCCUACAGGUGCAAGAGGACCAGUGGGCUCGAUGGGUUACCCAGGAGAGCCAGGGCCCCCUGGUCCCCCAGGUCACCCCGGCAGCCCUGGUGUGAAGGGUAACUCCGGCGUGGGAAUAAAGGGGCAAGCGGGAGACCCGGGUGAGGUUGGCCGACAGGGCUUUCCUGGACCUAUGCUACUGGUGCAUCCCUUUGAUUUACAUUUCCUUAAAGGAGAAAAGGGUGUGAAGGGAAUACCUGGGAUGAUUGGACCCCCAGGAUCUCCAGGACCCAAGGGAGAACCUGGUAUUUGUGCAAAAGGAGAAAAAGGAAUUCCUGGGUUCCCAGGACCUCCGGGCUACUCUGGUUACCAUGGAUCUCCAGGUUUUCCAGGACAAAAGGGACAACCAGGAUUGGUAGGAGACCGUGGUCCUUACGGAUUUCCUGGCUUAAAGGGGGAUCCUGGCGAUCGCGGGUACCCAGGACCACCAGGUGUCUUGGCAACUCCAUGUUUUCCACAAAAAGGUCCUCCAGGGGACCCGGGACCCCCUGGCUGCGAUGGAGACAUGGGAGAUGUUGGGCCUCCAGGUCCCCCUGGUUGCCCGGGGAGAAAAGGGGAAGACAAUGAAGGCUGGAUCGGUCCCCCUGGGCCACCAGGCCCUCCAGGUCAUCCAGGAAUUCCAGGGGAGCCCGGAGUUCCCGGGAGACCUGAUACUCCAGGAAAACCAGGGGCCCCAGGAUCCCCGGGGUUACCUGGACCCCCAGGACUACCCGGACCACCAGGAUCGCCUGGUGUCCAUUGCACUGUGGGGCCACCCGGGUCACCCGGAGCCAAAGGCAAAAGCGGAGCUCCUGGAGGAAAAGGCUCAAAAGGAGAAAAAGGAAACGAGGGGGACUGUGCCUGUGAGCCUGGUCCCAAGGGCCCCCCAGGUCCUCCAGGGCCCCCUGGGAGACCGGGGAGUAAGGGAGACUUGGGGCCCCCUGGAUGGCCUGGCGAGAAGGGUGACCCGGGCCCCCCUGGAGCAGAAGGAUGUCCAGGACCUCCAGGAAUACCUGGUGCCAUCGGACCACCUGGCCCCAAAGGAGAAAAGGGUGACUUGGUUGUAUCAAGAGUUAAAGGGAACAAAGGAGAAAGAGGCCCUGACGGGCCACCAGGAUUUCCAGGGGAGCACGGACAGCAUGGUCAGGAUGGACGUAAAGGAGAAACAGGGGACCCAGGACCCCCAGGGGACCAUGAGGAUGCAGUUCCGGGUGACCCAGGGCCUCUGGGGCCUCCGGGCGCCCCAGGCAGAAUGGGCCCCAUGGGGCUUCCGGGACUGGCGUAUCCUGGUUUCCCCGGGCAUAGAGGACAACCAGGAGUUCCAGGACGUCCGGGUGACCCGGGCCCUGACGGCGUGAAGGGUCAGAGAGGUGAUACCAUUCCUUCUGACGUAAUCUACCUGGGGAGUCCAGGCCCACCAGGUUUGGAUGGACCUCCAGGUCCGAAGGGGUUUCCGGGUCCCCCGGGUGCACCGGGGCCGAGGUGUUUCGAUGGUCAGAAAGGUCAACCAGGCAGACCAGGGAGGUUUGGAGUUCCUGGCCCACCCGGUCUUGGUGGUGAACCAGGAGACCCAGGUCCUAAAGGUGAAAUGGGGACCUCACUUAUGGGGCCCCCAGGCCUGCCCGGUUCACCUGGAGUACCUGGUCAGAAAGGAAUCCCCGGAGACCCAGCUUAUGGCCCCCCAGGCCCCCCAGGGGACAACGGAAGCCCAGGAGCACCCGGUUCACAGGGACCGAGAGGGGCCCCAGGCUUCCCUGGGGCAGCAGGACCACCUGGCAUGCCUGGGUCCCCAGGUCUCAAAGGUCUUAAAGGCAGAGAAGGGAUGACUGGGUCUCCAGGUUUGCCAGGAACCCCUGGCCAUUCCUGUGCCGAAGGCGCUCCAGGGAGACGAGGGCCGCCGGGGAUGCCUGGCGCUCCAGGGAGUCCAGGUGCCCCAGGUUGGAAAGGAGAACGAGGAGAUGAGGGGUCCCCUGGAGCAUUUGGAAGGAGGGGCCUCCGUGGGGUCCCCGGACUUCCAGGGAAAGAUGGGCCUCAAGGACCGCCAGGCUUCCCCGGUCCCCCUGGGGACGACGGACUUCCGGGUCCUCCAGGCCCCAAGGGGCCCCAGGGACUGCCUGGCUUCCCAGGCUUUCCAGGAGAGAGAGGGAAGCCUGGUGCUGACGGGCACCCUGGCAGGAAAGGAGAACCUGGAGAGAACGGGUGGCCUGGCCCCCAGGGAGACAAGGGAUGGAAAGGGGUCAAAGGAGACAGAGGACCCCCAGGAGAUAAAGGCGAAAUGGUGAUAAUUUCCCCAAAGGGGGAAACUGGGGAUCCUGGACCUCUUGGGGAUGCUGGAAUUCCAGGAGAAGAAGGUGAUAAAGGCAUUCCCGGGAUGCAGGGGAGACAAGGAGAGCCAGGGAGAGAUGGACCCCCUGGAUUCCAGAGAGGACAACCUGGUAGAGAUGGGCAUCCGGGGACUCCUGGGCCACCAGGACCUCCAGGAUCACCUGGGCCGAGAGGGAUCGUAGGUUUCCCAGGAUUACCAGGGGACCAGGGUAUGCCGGGCUUUCCAGGGCUCCCUGGCCUUUCAGGAGUCGAUGGAGCAAAAGGACCUAAAGGAACCCAAGGUGACCCGGCCAGUCAUCUUGGACCACCAGGUCCAAAGGGUGAGCCAGGUAGCCCUGGAAAUCCAGGACACGUUGGAGACCCCGGAGAACAAGGUUUGCGUGGUGUUCCAGGACUCAUAGGACCACCUGGAAACCCAGGACUGCCGGGCUUCAAUGGGCUGCCCGGGCUUCCAGGUCAUGAAGGAAUGCCUGGGCUGAAGGGAGAGCAAGGAGACAUCGGGUAUCCUGGGCCAAGAGGUCCCAUGGGGGAUUCGGGGCCAGCAGGUUCCCCAGGAGUGAAAGGUCCCGAUGGGCCACCCGGCCUGAAUGGCUUGCAUGGGUUAAAGGGUCAGAAAGGAUCUCAAGGUACUCCAGGUUUGUACACAGUAGGCCCACCUGGCCCAAUGGGAGCCCCAGGGUUGAAAGGAGAUCCGGGAGACCCAGGAAGCCCAGGAAUUUCUCCCCCAGGUCCCCCUGGAGAGAAAGGCCCCCCCGGCCCCCCAGGCAGACGUGGGCCACCUGGUCGCGAAGGUGCCAGAGGAAGAGCUCCUGAGUAUGAUACUUUCCACCAGGGUCCCCCUGGAGAUCAGGGACCUCCCGGCCUUGAUGGGCCCAGAGGAAGACCUGGGCCUCCAGGCCCCCCUGGGAGUGUUGAGCUUCUGAAAGGGGAACCAGGUGACCCUGGUUGGCCCGGACCACCUGGCUUCCAAGGUCCAUGCGGUCCUCCCGGAUACAAAGGCUUCCCAGGAUGUGAUGGACAAGAUGGCCCAAAAGGGCCAAUGGGAUACCCAGGGCCGCCGGGGCCACCAGGAAUUCCAGGGCUCCCUGGAGAGAAGGGCUUACCUGGACCUCCAGGCAUGCCAGGGCCCCCGGGCCCCCCAGGGGAGCCCGGACCACCUGCAGACCCGGAAUUCUGCCCCAGCAUCCCAGGGCUUCCUGGGGUGCCAGGCCCAAGAGGACCGGAUGGAGCCACAGGGUUACCUGGAGCAAGAGGCCCCCCUGGGCCAGGGUGCAAAGGCCAACCCGGCCCGGAUGGCAGGAGGGGAGCGGACGGCUUUCCUGGGCCCCCUGGGCCUCCUGGACACCCAGGUGACAAGGGAGAGGCUGGCUGCCCAGGAGCGCCAGGCUUUCCCGGGCCCUUUGGAGAUCCUGGACCCAAAGGAUUGGGGCCUGAACACCUCAGCAGCUUCCUCUUGGUGCUCCACAGCCAGACGGAUGUGGAGCCCGCCUGCCCCGAGGGCAUGCCCAGGCUCUGGACGGGGUACAGUCUGCUGUACCUGGAAGGACAAGAGAGAGCGCACAACCAAGACCUCGGCCUGGCGGGGUCCUGCCUGCCCCUGUUCAGCACCCUGCCCUUCGCCUACUGUAACAUUCACCAAGUGUGCCACUACGCCAGGAGGAAUGACAAGUCCUACUGGCUGGCCAGCGCCGCGCCCCUGCCCCCGCGGCCGCUGUCGGAGGAGGAGAUCCGCCCCUACGUCAGCCGCUGUGCCGUGUGCGAGGCGCCCGCGCCGGCCGUGGCGGUGCACAGCCAGGACCAGGCCGUGCCCCCGUGUCCGCCGGCCUGGAGGAGCCUCUGGAUUGGGUACUCCUUCCUGAUGCACACGGGCGCUGGGGGCCAGGGCGGCGGGCAGGCCCUGGCGUCCCCUGGCAGCUGCCUGGAAGACUUCAGAGCGGUGCCAUUCCUGGAGUGUCAAGGCCGGCAGGGAACGUGCCACUUUUUCGCAAACGAGUACAGCUUCUGGCUGACGGUGGUGAGCCCGCAUUUGCAGUUUUUCUCACCCCCCUCACCAGACACCCUGAAAGAUGGCCAGGCCCAGCACCGGAAAAUCAGCAGGUGCCAGGUCUGUCUGAAGCAGAGCUGA